AGGUCAAGGUCAAGUAAUACUUCAGAAUGAAGUGUGCAUUUAUAGUAUUACUUUGCAUAGUAUUUGGUACUGCCAUGGCUGUUGAUGACAAGUGUGAUUGCCAAAGAGGGAAAAGGGGAAAACCUGGUAGGAAUGGACAAGAUGGUACCCCAGGUCAAAAUGGUGCUCCUGGACAAAAGGGUGAACCAGGACAAAAAGGUGACCCGGGUCGAAAUGGUGCUCCUGGACAAAGUGGUCCCCAGGGACAAGAGGGUGAGCCUGGACCACAUUGCGUUAAACCAAGUUCAUGUCCAAUUGGAUUUGUUUUCAACUCAACGCUCAAAUCCUGCUAUUACUUUAUGUACAAUGCCGAUGGUUCAUGGUUUGAAGGGGAUUGGUUUUGUGCACGACAGAACUCGCAUCUUGUUUCCAUAGAAUCUGAAGAAGAGCAGCUGUAUCUGUAUAUGAGACUAACACUAGAUAGCCAACAGAGAAAGAGGUUUUGGACAAGUGGCAAUAAAUUCAAUGGACAGUGGAGAUGGGAUUCUGGUUCUUGUUCUCAAAGCAAUCUAUUCAGUUAUACCAACUGGUAUCCAGGCGAUCCAGGAGAACCUGUAAGAAAAAGCAGGCCUGAAGAAAUCUGUAUGGCAGUCGCAUUAUAUAAAGGAUUGGAUUGGCAUCGUGUUCCCUGCCAUGAAAGAAGAAACUUUAUCUGUGAAUUAAACUUGCAAGCCUUAUAAAAAUUUCAUUCAAUGGAUUUGAUUUAACUUGUUACAUAAGGUCAUCGUAAAAUUAGUAAUUAUGACCUAUGAAAUAUAUAAAAUAUUCAAGUCAUCAUUUAUAUAAAUUAGCUACAGUAUAAGAGCAUGUAACAUUGUAACACUCAUUUUAGUCUGUCAGAAUGUUAAGAGCUCUUGAAGUAUACCUUUUUGAAAUUGUAUAUAAAUCAACUACAUUAAUAUAUUGUAAACUAUUGAUAUACCGAACACCUUACCCCAUGUGUUCCUCUGACAAGCAGGACUCUUUUAUCAUUUGUGACCCAUGUAAAGCCAAUAGGAAAAUAUAAAAUUGUGCCUGCGUAUAAAAUCAGCAAAACCAACUGUACAAGAUUGAAGCCUAAGAAGUUACCACAUUGCCAGCCAUAUCCAGAGUCAUGCCAAAUAUGUACAGCUAAGGCAAAGAAAAGAUAAUUGGCUUGAUUGCCUUGAAUUCACCUGGCUAUUGAACUGUACAAUAAAAUUGACUGGCUUGCUUCCAAAGCAUUUAAAGGCUAAUGUUUUUAAACCAUUAAAGGGUCAUGUUAUUAAAACAUGGGUUACAGUUACAUAAGUAAAUAUAAU